AUGAGCUGGCAGGUGGCUUCGGGCAUGGGGUCGAACGUUGGCAACGGCAUGGGCGGGCCUGGUGGAAACGAGAUGGGCGGUGCGAUGCAGGGCAACGGCGGCAACCAGCCUCAUGCAACUGAAUACACACUGCAGGGUGUUAUGCGCUUCCUCCAAACCGAAUGGCACCGUCACGAGCGGGACAGGAAUGCUUGGGAGAUUGAGCGCCAGGAGAUGAAGGCGAGGAUAGCCUCCCUCGAAGGUCAGGCGAGAAGGUCCGAUGCGACGCAGAAGGCCCUCAAGAAAUACGUCGCCAUCCUCGAGAAAAAGGUUAAGGACCAGGCUGCACAGCUCAAGGGAGGGGGCAAGGCAGGCAGCCAGACAACAAAACCGGAGAAGGAUAGAGCUGCCCUGAUCCAGGAGAAGCUUCAAUCUUCCAAGAAACCUUCCGAUGCCGAUCCUAACGAGCUCGAGGUUGAGAAGGGCGACGACGAAACGCAACGUAACGACCUCAAGUCUUUCUUGGACCAGUGCCAAGCCGAGUUCACCUACCUGAUGAUCACGCCCGCAAACCCUUUGCCUCCCCGAGAAUCACCCCCGCUCCCGAUACUGGAAGAUUUGCGCGAGGGUGAGCCUUUUGGCGUUCCAGGCGGCAAGGCGUUCCAGGAACCGCCCUUUCCCUUCGCCUCCUCCUCUCUGGUGCCACAGAACCACGUCCGCGAAGCCAAUCGGCCUCCUCCUGCUCCGAACCACGCGCCUCCAAUGCAACGAAGUCAGCCGACCAGUUUCCUGGUGAAGCCAACUGAACAGCAGCAGCAGCAGCAGCAGCAGCAACAUCAACAACAACAACAACAACAACAACAACAACAGCAGCAGCAACUGCAGCAGCAACAACAGCAACAGCAACAACAGCAACAGCAACAACAGCAACAGCAACAACAGCAACAGCAAUCUAUGCCGUCCUCAAACCCUGAAUCCGCGCCACCUGUCAUGUAUGCUGCCGGCACAGAGUGGCCCCAGCCCAUGUCGGUUGCUGCCCGCAUGCUCGACGAUAACAUGCAGCAGCGUCCGACUCAUGCUGUGGAAUCUUUUAGCAGCGUGGAGCCGACAGAUGAGCCCCAGCCCAGUCGCCCUGCCCCUGAGUCUGAUGCAUGGGAUUUUCCCGAGGGAGCGUUCCCGGGGUCCAACACAUCGCAACCUCUACAGCAACUCACAAACCGACCUGACACCGAUGCCUUUCCAGCCGCAGACAACCUCCCCAAGUCACCCAACCGUGGGCCAAAUCCUAAUCGCCGAAAAGGAUCAAUGUCGCGAAGACGCAGCGCAGACCAUGAGCUGUCGCUAAAUGCGGCUACUCAGAAAGCUGAGACGGGAAACUUUAAGCUGCGGUUUGGACUGCGAGGUCACCUAGACACGGUACGAACUGUCAUCUUCUCGGGCGGUGGCAGUCCUGGAGAACCCGAGAUCUGCACUGCUGGCGACGAUGGCAUGAUCAAGCGCUUCCACAUUCCUCGUGUAGACAGUCACGGCCAGACCAACGCCGCAUCGGACCUUGACGUGACAGCCAACUUCUCUCACCGUGGCCACGCUGGGGCAGUGCUUUGCUUGACUUCUUGGUCUCCGUCUCCAAGCUUUAGCACUGGUGGCCGCGCCCAAGGCGACGGUUGGAUAUUCUCUGGUGGCCAGGACGCGACUAUCAGGGUCUGGGAACGAGGCAGAGUUGAUCCGAAAGCCACGCUCGAGGGCCACACCGAUGCCGUCUGGGCAUUGUGCGUGCUGCCGACCACUCUUGGCGCCAUCUUUGGCCAGAAUAGUCAAUAUGGAGGCCCCGAUCGCAUCUUGCUUGUCUCCGGUGCCGCCGAUGGAUCCGUCCGUCUAUGGGCUGUCAGCGCGCCUCCUCAGUUGACCUCUCCUCAACCAGGCACAAACAGAGCUGGUCCAUCAGGCAGCCGGGGUCGCGUCCGUGGCAACUCGAUGAGCUCGGGAAGUGCUUUCUCGAGCAACCCUCAACCCAACAUGGCAUCUAAUUCGCCCUUUAACCACACUUUGGUCCACAACAUCAAGAGGCCCGAGGGCACCAAUGCCAGCCCUACGUGCAUCACCCCUCUCAGCCCUAGCGGCGGGACCUUUGUCGUCUCUUACUCGGAUGCAUCCAUUCUUGUCUACGACACUAGGUCAGGUGAACAGAUCGGCACAAUGGAUAGCUCAGAGACGUACGAUGGCUCAAUCAACACAAGUGUCAACGCUGUUGUUGCGACGACUGUCGGACUGGAGCAGUCUCAAAGUGGUCUAUCUGAAGAGGACAGUAGUGCUGGUGGCGGACCGACGGGCGGAGGUAGAUCCAUGGCAGGGUCCGGCGUCGAAGGCGUCAUCAUUUCCGGACAUGAGGAUCGGUUCGUGCGGUUCUUUGAUGCCAACAGUGGGCAAUGUACAUACAACAUGCUGGCCCACCCGGCAUCGAUUUCGGGCCUUUCCCUCAGUCCAGACGGCCGCGAGCUCGUUAGCGCAGGCCACGAUGCAUCACUGCGGUUUUGGAGUCUCGAGAAACGGUCCUGCACCCAGGAGAUUACGAGCCACCGCAUCAUGCGCGGCGAGGGCGUGUGCUCCGUCGUGUGGAGCCAAGACGGCAAGUGGGUUGUAAGUGGCGGCGGUGACGGCGUGGUGAAGGUCUUUGCGCGGUAG